CAAUCUCCCAGGGCCUUCUUGUAAUUUUUAAAGUGGCCCCCUUGCUAUUCUGGAUAAUCUUCAUAGCAUGAUUUAUUCUUACUGAUUCAUUCUCCGAGAAAAUAUUUAAAAGAAGAUUUUUAAUUCCCAUCAUACAUGAAAAUUGUUGAAGUCAAGGGUCAAGGACGAUGUUUUUUAAAACAUUUUUUCGGAUUAGAGUAGAAAAAAAUUUUCACCACUUGAGAGCUCAUGCGCGUAAGUCAAAAUACUCCUAACCCCUAUUUCAUCCUCCUUAAAUGACAAGCUUUAAAAGCAUAAUAUUAGUAUAACUUAAUAUGUUUCGUAAGAUCAUUUUCAUAUAUUUAUCGCGCGUUUCUCAGCCGAGUGUUUAGUCACCACGAUCAGCGAACAUAGUCAAGAAAUAAUGCAAAAAGGUAUCGUGGAGGAAGCUCGCCCACAAUCCUGACAAUUGGACAAUCGGAUCCUCGCCAGUCUUGGAUUUCACAGCUACUUGUUUGCCGAUUGGCCAUAACUCCAUACUCCAUACUCUUCGGCUGUCUUCCUCUUUUAGCCUUUCGCUACGUUAAUGUUGCCUGAAUAUGGCAAAAAAGGUGUUAGCGUUUUACUCGCUGGCUGUUCUGCAUUGUCUAGUUCUAUCAGCAAAAGAAGGCGACAUUCGUCUAGUGAACGGUGGGACGUCGUACGAAGGGCGUGUAGAAAUCUACAAUUCGGGGGAAUGGGGAACAGUCUGCGAUGAUUCAUGGGAUAUCAGGGAUGCUCGUGUGGUAUGCCGACAGCUUGGCUUCACUCUCGGUGCACUCUCGGCGCCGGGUGGGGCGACCUUCGGGCGGGGCGAAAACAAGACGUGGAUGGAUGAUGUUGAUUGUAAGGGGACCGAGUCAAUGCUCUCAGAAUGCCGCUUCCGUGGGUGGGGUAGGGAGAAUUGUGGCCACGGCGAGGACGCCGGAGUUAUCUGUCUCUCGUCACUGCAAGUUCGUUUGAUUGACGCGGAUGGCUCUACUGAUACUGGCAGAGGUCGCGUCGAGCUAAGCGUGAAUGGGGCGUGGGGUGGAAUUUGUCCAACUCGCUACUGGAACCUUUAUGAUGCGCACGUGAUAUGCCGACUGGCCCACUACCCUGGGGCUCUGCAGGCCUUUAAAACCCCCUAUAACACGGACACGGGCGGCUUCUGGAUAGACAGAAUGAACUGCCAAGGAACACAAGUAUCGGAAUGCAGCUUUACCAAGUCUUCCGAAUGUUCAGGUUUACACGCCGCGGGCGUACAUUGUCGAUCAGUGCGCCUGGUUAAUGGUUCAAGCUAUCGCCAUGGUCUUGUUGAGAUCACAGUCAAUGGUUACGGCAGUAACAUAUGCGCAUCGAACUGGGAUUCAAAAGGCGCAGAUGUCGUAUGUCGUAUGAUGGGGUUUCCAGCAAUGGAGGAGGUAUGGAGUGUUGGUAAAACCUCUAACUCCACCAUCAUGCUGGGUGAUCUAAAAUGCUCGGGAGAUGAGACCUCUUGGAAGCAAUGCAAAAAUAGUAGCUGGGCCGUGCACAACUGCUCGGAGGGUAAACUUGCCGCCGUCACCUGCAAGCAGCGGGUCCGUCUAGCAGACGGUUCCACCUCCAAUCAAGGCCGAGUAGAAUUAUUCAUGAACGGAGUCUGGGGCCAAGUCUGCUCAACCAACUGGCACAUGCCAAACAGUCACGUGGUCUGUCGGAUGCUUGGGUAUCCUGAGGCUGAGAAGGAGGUGUUGAGUGGCCGCUAUGGCGAGGGCCGUGGCCCGAUACAGAUGACCCGCGUAUGGUGUAGUGGGACUGAAUCGUCUCUUAUGAGCUGCGCGUCCGACUGCUGUUAUUGUUCACACUCUCAUGUAGCAGUGUUCUGCAAAACAGUCCGUCUGAUUGGCGGAGUUCUACCGUUCGAAGGACGUGUUGAGAUCUACCGCAAUGCAUCAUGGAGCACCAUAUGUGGCGCUAGCCUUAGCCUGACGUCUGGCCACGUGAUAUGCAAGAUGAUGGGAUACCCUGGUGUGUCUUCGACCUCGUGUUGCGCCCGCUAUGGUGAAAGCGGCGGUCUGAUCGCCCUGCAGGAUUUGGAGUGCACUGGGACGGAGCGGUCGCUGACCACGUGUCGUCAUAGUGAUUUGAGCAAUACCACCUGUGCGCAUGCGCAAGAGAUUGGAGUCAUCUGCACACCUAACAUUACCUCAGCGUUCGUCUCUUCCUUUAUUUCCAAGGAAAGGUCGUACCGUACAGGCUUUGCUGGGGUAGUGGUUGACAGGCUUUCAAGUAUGCUGUGUUUUGAUAUGUGGGAUGAGCUAGAUGGUGAGGUGCUUUGUAGAAUGGCGGCAUUCCCACGGAUGGAACAAAUUGGUGCUGUUAAGGCUACCAGCUCAUCAAUCCUGCUAAAAGGAUUUAAUUGUACAGGUAACGAGACCUCGCUUAACCAGUGCAAGGAUGGUGGAUGGGGCAAGCAAACCUGCUCAACCGGAGAGCUCGCGACGGUCACUUGCGAACAUUCUGUCCGACUAUCACAAGGUCCGACCUCAAACCAAGGCAGAGUAGAAUUUUACAAAAAUGGAGUCUGGGGCCAAGUUUGCUCACGAGACUGGGACAUCUCGGAUAGCCACGUGAUCUGUCGGAUGCUUGGGUACCCCGAGGCUCAUGAGGCUGUGGUAGAUGGCCGGUAUGGCGUGGGGCGAGGCCCGAUACAGUUGACUAGGGUCCAGUGUCGUGGCUCGGAGGAUUCGAUUACGAGGUGCUCGUCGGACUGUUGUUAUUGCACUUUUCCUCACGCCGGAGUGGUGUGCAAGUCUGUUCGUCUGAUUGGCGGAGUUCUACCGUUCGAAGGGCGUGUUGAGGUCUACCGCAAUGCAUCAUGGGGCACCAUAUGUGGAUCUAGCCUUAGCCUGAAGUCUGGUCACGUGAUAUGCAAGAUGAUGGGAUACCCUGGUGUGUCUUCGACCUCGUGUUGCGCCCGCUAUUGUGAGAGCAGUGGACUGAUCGCCAUGCAGGAUUUGGAGUGCACUGGGACGGAGCGGUCACUGAUCACGUGUCGUCAUAGUGAUUGGAGCAAUACCACCUGUGCGCAUGCGCAAGAGAUGGGAGUCAUCUGCACACCUAACAUUACCUCAGUGAGCUUGGGUUAUAGCGACACCUACCGCGAGGGUGUGGUGAAAAUCGAGAUAGCUGGGGGACGAUCAAGUAGUAUCUGCGCGUCCAUGUGGGACGAGCAAGAUGGCCAAGUGGCGUGCAGGUCGGCUGGAUUCCCGGGACUGGAUAAAAUUGGCAAAGUGUUCUUACAGCCACAGAGCUCGCCCCAGCUGCUCAAAGACCUGCGGUGUCUCGGCAAUGAGACUUCGCUGAAUCAGUGCAACAAUAGCGGAUGGGGCGUACACAACUGUUCUCAAUAUGGGAGUCACGUGGCUUAUGUCAAAUGUAAACAGAUUGUCCGUCUAGCAGACGGCCCCACGUCCAACCAAGGCCGUGUGGAAUUAUUCACGAACGACGUUUGGGGCCAAAUCUGCUCUUACAACUGGAACAUCGUGAACAGUCACGUGGUCUGUCGGAUGCUUGGGUACCCCGAGGCUCAAGAGGCUGUGGUGGAUGGCCGGUAUGGCCUGGGGCGAGGCUCGAUACAAAUAUCCCGAGCCCGCUGUUUGUGGUCCGAGAGGUCAAUCAUGGAGUGCAGAAGGUCUUGCUGCUACUGCUCUUAUCCCCACGCUGGUGUCAUAUGCAAGAUAGUUCGUUUGAUUGGCGGAGUUCUCCCGUUCGAAGGUCAUGUUGAGGUAUACCGCAAUGCAUCAUGGGGCACCAUAUGUGGAUCUAGCCUCAGCCUGACGUCUGGUCACGUGAUAUGCAAGAUGAUGGGAUACCCUGGUGUGUCUUCGACCUCGUGUUGCGCCCGCUAUGGUGAGAGCAGUGGACUGAUCGCCAUGCAGGAUUUGGAGUGCACUGGGACGGAGCGGUCACUGUUCACGUGUCGUCAUAGCGAUUGGAGCAAUACCACGUGUUCGCAUGCCCAAGAGAUGGGAGUUACGUGCAAGCCAAAGUAUUUAAAUGUCAAAAUUGUUGGCCCGACAUACAGAGAGGGAUCGGUUCGACUGAUUGCCGAUGGAAUGACGGGCUCCAUUUGCUCGUCCACGUGGAAUAGAACUACUGCAGAAGUCGUAUGUAAAGCUUCAGGAUUUCCUGGCGUGGACAAUUUUACAGUGAAUGAGAUAGGUAUGUCCAGUCCCCCUGCUCUCCUUUCUGUCCUGAGGUGUACUGGUAACGAGUCCACUUUGGAUCGAUGUACACUCAACUGGGAAUCCCACAAUUGUACGAGCGGCUGGGAAGCAUCCGUCAAGUGCAAGCAUCUAGUGCGACUAGCUGGUGGCCCCACUGUCAAUCAAGGGCGAGUUGAGAUAUUUUUUAAUGGUUUGUGGGGAACAGUCAAUUACGAGCCUCAAGGCUGGCAAAGAUGGCACAACGACGAGGCGAGCACUGUGUGUUUGAUGCUAGGCUACCCCUACCUCUCGUCUCUACCUCUCAGUGGACUUAAUCUUUAUGGAGCUUCCACACGUCCAUCGCUGAAAUGCGGUGUCGCUUGCUCUGGUGUCAAGCGAAAUAUCAUGGAUUGCUACUCUGAUUCGCCAUGUCGUGAUAAGAGGGCGUAUGUUGGUGUGGUAUGCACAGUAGCUCGUUUGGUAGGUGGACCUCAUCCAAUGCAUGGUCGAGUAGAAAUUUAUCACGAUAGCCAAUGGGGGACGAUUUGCAGCAACAUCAGAUUGACGAUGAAUACCGUUGACACUAUUUGCAGGCUUAUGGGAUCCGAUGGGGCAUUAUCUACAGGUACCAGUAACUACGGCCCCGGUGGUGGCGUGGUUUGGCUAAGUGACGUAUCCUGCUAUGGGAGUGAGAGGGAAAUCGCUAGCUGUAACCGUUCCAACUGGGCACAACCGACUUGUAACCACUCAAGAGAUGUCACAGUGCAAUGCAAAAUUCGAGUCCAGCUCGAAGAGUGUUUAGUGGGCCGUUCUCGACGAUCAAUCCCAUCUAGAGAUGCCAUGGGGUUUCCAAAAGUAGUAAAGUUUCAGCUCGGGAGUCAGUGGGCGAAUAUCAAGUACAGUAGUAUGUCAACAACGAAAAAUGGAGCAAAAGUAGUUUGCAGGAUACUUGGCUAUGUAAAUGGAUUGCUGUCAGAAGACUAUUGUGAUAACCAAGAAAACCAGAUAAUCACAAAUUUGACGUGUUCGGGAGAAGAGACCUCAUUGGGGCAAUGCCGCUUUGGAAUAACUACUAGUCUUGACACAAGGGUGGGAACAGUGCUCUGCUUAGAUGAAGACCAUAGGCUGGUGGAUGAUUCUGGUGACCCGACUCGAGUAGGGGCAGGCUUUUUAGAAGUGCUUUUCGGGACAGACUGGGCAAGAAUCAACGCCAGUGCCUUCCCCGGGUUCGCAAGCAACCUCACCUGCCUUCAUCUCUAUAAUUCACACGCUAUUGCACUCCAUCACGUGGAAGAUUACCACAGUGGAUUUAUCAUUACGAACAUGACGUGCAGCGGUCAAGAGAAGUCAUUAGACGAAUGUGUGUAUGAAUACGCUUACGACGAUUACUACGAUGGUCCGUUGGUUUGGCUGGCUUGUGCUGUAACAAGAGUUCGUUUGGUGAAUGGAAAUGGCGAUGUGACAAGAACUCAAACAGGCUUUGUGGAAUUGUUGAUUGACUUCGAAUGGGCAAGAAUAAACUCCAGCGCCUUCACGUGGUUUGCAGCCAACCUCACAUGCCAUCAGCUGUACCACUCACAUGCGGUCAAUUUCGUCCCUAAAGAAGAAGCUGAAUACUACGCAAACAUUAUCUCGAACUUGACGUGCACUGGUCAAGAGGAAUUAUUGGCGGAAUGCAUGCAUGAAUACCGCUACUCCAGUACAGGAGAAGAAUUCUUUGCCUGGCUCACAUGUGCUUCAACAGCACCCUCCCCAGCUCAAACAACAGCUCAAACAACUUCAUCGGCGCCAACUGCUGCCGUAAUGACAACAGCUGCAACUCACGGUAUCGGAAAACCUGAGCUCGUCUCCCAAACAGUCAUCUCGUUAACAGUUCGCUGGUCAGCUCGCGCUGUUCCAAGCUCUCUCUAUCGAGUUGAGGUACAGAGCAAAUCGGACGUCAUCUGGAACGGCGGGUUCUGCUACAAGAGUCAUGCGCAAUCAACGUGUGACGUCACAGAUACUAUGGCAACUUUACUGGAGCUGCAGCCGUACACAUGGUAUCGUGUGCGCGUGCGUCGGAUUACCGCUGAUGGUCAUGUCGGCUCGCCUGGACCUGCCUCUGAUCUUUUUAGAACGGAGGAAUCCGUUCCUAGCGCUGCUCCAGAGAUCACAAGGGUCGCCGUUAUUUCCCUAAGAAGCGUCAAGGUCACAUGGCUGCCUAUCCCACAAUCACGUGUCAAUGGCGUGCUAAGAGGCUAUCACGUGACAUAUAACAAGCUAGAUGAAUCUCUAGUUACACGGACGGAAGAAACCACAGGACCUGACAUCCGGGACUUUGUUUUGCUCGACCUCGCGAAAGGUCCAUCUUAUGAGGUCCGCGUGGCCGGGUUUACGAGCAAGGGAACUGGGCCCUACAGCGAAUCGGUGAUCUUCUCUGUUGAUAAAACUUCAGGUAAAAAACGCACAAAUCCUCCCAAGAAGCUGCCAAUGUUUAAUAUAGAAAUUGUGUUCCCGUUGGUUGCAAUGAUGAUUUUGUCCAUAACAUCAGUUAUGCUUGCUUUAAUAUGCAACCGACGAGCGAAAGAAGAUAAUAACGAGGGCUGUGAGUUGAAUCAAGAAGACAGCCCAAUGGAGCUACACGAUGUAAGAAGAAUCAGUGAGCAGGUUAAAGGAGAAUCAAAUCCCCUAGCAGAGGAUAUGACAUGACAAGGCUCCAAGGCAAAGGCUACAAGUCUGCAUGAUAAAAUGAUUGUGUCUCAUUGAGGAAAUUUAUAACAUUAAGGCUAAGUUCAAACGUAUUAUCCACAAGCCGUGGAAGAUGAAACAAUGGACUCGAUACAAAUGAAGAUGAACCAAUCGACUCGAUAUAUUUGCAAUGGAUACGGCUCAUGGAUAAUACGACGUUUGAACUUAACCUUAAUGCACCGAUUGGUGUUCGGCCCUUAGGCAGAGUGGAAUACCUAUUUUUGGUGCAUUAUAUCUAUUUUUCUGGUUAUGAUCACGACUAUUACGGUAUUGAUCCUUAAUAAGAUUCUAGAUGUAGUCGUCUCUUUUUUUCUUGUGAACAGUUUCCUAUUCUUUAGAUGAUUUUUGUUUUAUAUCUAUUGUAGCAAACGGAAGUUCACGGUAACUCGCAAUGGGUAAACAGUAUGGGACGGUAGGAUUUUGGGGAGAGCCAAUUGAAUUUCUUAGGAAUAUGGAUCGACAAUACCCUUGUCUAUGGUAGUUGGAAAGAUUUGAUUGCAGUCUGACAGCUGUUCAAGCCCAGAGUAAUUUUUAGAUGGCUCUAAUGGUUCAUCUGUUCAAAGUUGGCGUUUCAAAAGUUAAUUCCCAUUUCCUUUUAUAGGUUUGUGGGUAAUACAAAAUAGCCCAGAACUUAGCAAAUAUGACAAUAUUCUAAUAUUAGCACCUCCGCUCAGAAGAUAAAGUCUCUAAAGAUUUGCAAGGAUUUAAUAGCACGAAGAAAAGAAUUGUGAUUUUAUCUUAUAUUUUUAAUUAAAAAAAGACAUGACAGACUA